AUGCUUCUGCGGUUUCCCGUGCACCCCCAGCCCCCUCCUUCCGCCGCACCCGAAUUGCGCUCCCGGUUUCCGUCCUUUGCUGUUCUGCGGGGCGUGGGGUGUAUCGGGUGGUCGAAGCCGCGCGCGGGGAGGUGGAAGGAAGGAAGUGCCCAACGGCCCUUUGGCAAAGUGGUGAUGCACGGCUUUCGUGUCCGGGGCUCCGUGGUGGGCUUGGCCCCGGGCACUCGCGGGGCGGUGUGGGCAGUGUGCUGGGCAACGAUGUCUUGUCGAUGUUUCUGUGCGUCCGGCGGCUCCCUCGUGCGACUCCGCACCUCUCUGCUGCUGACGCACCUGGAGAGGACUGAGCGGUACUGA